GUUGAAGGACACACAUCCCUUGCUUCACAUUUGGGCGUUUUGGCACGAGAUGGGAGUCUUGCACCACUCACUUUUACGACUUGGCAUUAUGUUCCAAAACAAAACAAAGAUAACAUAUGGAGGGAGAUAAAGGCUCAUACGGAUGCAGAUGAAUCCAUGAAGAGAACAAUAAUGGCUUCAUUUGGAAAGAAAUGGAGAGAUUGGAAAAGUCGAGUGAAAACAAUGGGAUACAAACCCUUCAAGAAUGAUGCAGAAAGGUUGGCUCAUCGACCAGAUAGAGUACAUGAGGAUCAGUGGCGGGCUUUGGUCUACUAUUGGGGCACUCAGAGUGCAUCGAAAUCAAGCAAGAAGAAUAGAAAAAUCCGGAAGAAGAAGACAUUACAUCAUAGGACAGGCCGAAAGCCUUUCUCAGUAGUUCGACUGGAGGAGACCAAAAAGAACAAUGGGGUUCCUGCUAGUCGGUCACAGGUGUGGAUGGCCGCAUACAUGAAAGAUGGGACGUCAAAUAGUGAUUCAGUUAAUGAGGUUAUGACUCAAAUGAAUGAGUUAGCAGAGCACAUGGAGGGAUCUUCUACUGACCCUGCAGCAUUACAGGAGCAAAUCUUCACACAAAUUAUGGGCCCAGAGCGACCUGGUCGUGUUCGGACGUUUGGAUUGGGACCGUCACCCACUGAUGUUUUUGGAGGUGGAUAUAGGCGGUCACAAGAGCAGAAUCGUCUCUUCCAAACUCAAGUUCAAGAACAAGUUCAAGAGCAACUUCAACGGUAUCAAAUGCAGUUUGAGUCGAAGAUGAAUGAAGUAAUGGAGAAACAAAUUCAGGCUAUACGCACAGAUUUUCAGUCACGAAUUCAGUUUUUGGAAUCUCAAUUGCAAGCUGCAGGCGUGCCCGUUGACCCAGUUGUUGCACCAUCAGACUCAUUACAUAGGCAGCAGGUUGUGGAUUCACUUAGUAGUCAUCCCACUGUUCGGCCAAUGUCACAUCAACAACAAUCUCAUGCAUUUUCAUCCCAAGAGGUUCACCUUUCAAAGAAAGAGAAGAAGAAUAAGAAGAAGAAGAAGAACUAACAAGGUAAAAGUACUAAUAUCACUAGUUCGUGGUUUAUGUUCAUUUGAUUUGUAAGGCAUUGUUGGUUCUGAAAUUAGGGUUUUGGUUGUUAUUGUUGUGACUAGUGACUAAAUUUGGGUAUUUUUGGAGAUGGAAAAUUAAAGGGGUGACCAUUUAUGAAGUCAUCUUUGCAUUUGAAGCUUUGAAUUUGGGCUCAGGGCUUUGCUUUCAUUGUUGUACUUGAAAUCUCUCUUGCUAUGUAAUGGCUACCAAAAUGUGCACUCAGCAA